CUUUAUUUCUUUUCCCAUUAUCCCAUAUUUGCCCCUCCUCUCUCUCAGAGUCUCCUCGCCCAAACCCAAACCACAAGCAAAGAACUCAGACUAGUAUUUAAGACAAGCGCCUCCGAUCCGUUAUCUCUUCUCUGCCCUUCUUCUACCUUCACUAAUUUAUUUUUCUCCAAUGGCGCCGGCCGUGACGGAGCGGAUGGAGCUCGCGAAGCUUUGCAGCUCCAAGGAUUGGUCAAAGGCUAUUCGAGUUCUCGAUUCACUCCUUUCCAAGUCCUGCGCCAUUCAGGACCUCUGCAAUCGAGCUUAUUGCUAUAGCCAAUUGGAGUUGCACAAGCACGUCAUCAAAGACUGUGAUAAGGCGUUGCAGCUCGAUCCUAAGCUUCUCCAAGCCUAUAUUCUUAAAGGCCGUGCAUUUUCUGCUCUAGGAAGGAAAGAGGAAGCUCUUUCAGUUUGGGAGCAAGGUUAUGAGUAUGCUGUUUGUCAGUGUGCAGAUUUGAAACAACUUCUGGAGCUGGAAAAUCUCUUGAGAAUUGCUAAACAAAAUGGUUCUAUUUCUUGUCAGAAUCAUGUGAUGGAGUCAUCUGGGUUGUCCGUUCCUGCAAGUGGGUCUGUUGUUUCCACAAAAGCUAGUGAAAUAUCUAAUGAAAACGGCAAAUCAAAUGGAAAAAUUAAACCAAGCAGCAAGCCAAGCAAGCAAUUGGAGGCCCAUGACAAGUUACAAAAUGGAUCGAAUCUUAAUGUCAAAGGAGAUGAAGUUUCUGGCAGUCAAUCAAACAAAAAACAUGAGAGCCACUCAACUAAAACUAAUGGGAUGGACAAGAAGUUGGCAGGAAAAUCUAUGUUGAAUGAUUCAUCUGAUUCUACCAUGGAUUCAUCUGUUGUUUACGGUGAACCUAGCGAUUUUUCUGAUAUAUGCAGUGAAUCAUUUAGCUUAUCAGAAAUUCAGAAUGAAUUAAUGGAUGAGGCCAAUAGGAGCAAAAAGUUCUGUGUUGCUAGGAUCUCGAAGAACAAGUCUAUUAAUGUGGAUUUUAGAUUAUCAAGGGGAAUUGCACAGGUUAAUGAUGGAAAAUAUGCUUAUGCUAUAUCCAUUUUUGACAAGAUACUAGAAGAAGAACCCGAUUACCCUGAGGCCUUAAUUGGAAGGGGAACGGCAUAUGCAUUUCAACGAGAACUACAUGCUGCCAUUGCUGAUUUUACUAAGGCGAUACAAUCAAACCCAUCAGCAGGUGAGGCUUGGAAACGCAGGGGCCAAGCUCGAGCAGCCUUGGGAGAAUCGGCUAAGGCAAUUGCUGACCUGACAAAAGCGUUGGAAUUUGAACCCAACUCGGCUGACAUAUUGCAUGAAAGGGGAAUCGUAAAUUUUAAGUUUAAGGAUUUUAAAGCAGCUGUAGAAGACUUAUCAACAUGUGUGGAAGUUGAUAAGGAUAACAAAUCUGCAUAUACAUACUUGGGUUUGGCUCUAUCUUCACUUGGUGAAUAUAAAAGAGCAGAAGAAGUGCAUAUGAAAGCAAUCCAGAUAGAUCAAAAUUUCCUUGAGGCUUGGACUCAUCUAACUCAGUUUUACCAAGAGAUGGCAAAUUCAGAAAAGGCUCUACAAUGCAUUCAUGAGAUUCUUAAUAUUGAUGGAAGGUUUGCUAAAGCAUAUCACCUGCGGGGGCUUCUUCUCCAUGGGAUGGGAGAGCACAGGGAUGCCAUCAAGGAAUUAUCAGUGGGAUUAAGUAUUGAGAGCUCGAACAUUGAAUGUCUAUAUCUAAGAGCUUCUUGUUAUCACGCAAUUGGAGAAUUUAAAGAGGCGGUUAAAGAUUAUGAUGCAGCCUUGGAUCUCGAAUUGGAUUCAAUGGAAAAAUUUGUGCUCCAGUGCUUAGCCUUCUAUCAGAAAGAAAUUGCGUUGUACACAGCUUCAAAGUUCAACACCGAAUUUUCAUGGUUUGACCUAGAUGGUGACAUAGAUCCCCUCUUUAAGGAAUAUUGGUGUAAAAAGCUGCACCCGAAAAAUGUAUGUGAGAAAGUAUACAGGCAACCCCCUCUGCGAGAUUCUUUAAGAAAGGGAAAGCUGAAAAAGCAAGAAUUUUCUCUCACCAAGCAAAAGGCAGUCCUUUUACAGGCUGCAGAUUCCAUUGGCAAGAAGAUCCAGUACCACUGUCCUGGAUUCCUGCCCAACAGACGUCAGUAUCGAAUGGCGGGACUUGCUGCUAUAGAGAUUGCACAGAAGGUUGUAAAGGUUUGGCGUUCUCUGCAAAAUGAAUGGAAGCACUCAAAUAAAGGUGCACAAAAACAUGGAAAGAAAGUCAGGAGGAAAGAAAAACUCAACCCUCCUAGUCAGAACAGAGGUGGGGCUGGUUGCAGCACAAGCAGUUUUUUGGAACCAUCUAUUUCAUGUAGUGCGGUUGAAGAUAGAUCAUAUGGACGCCCUACAAUGCCAUGGCACAGUCUUUAUUCUUUGGCCGUAAAAUGGAGACAGAUCUCUGAACCGUGUGACCCAGUUGUCUGGGUUAACAAGUUGAGUGAGGAGUUUAAUUCUGGAUUUGGGUCCCACACUCCUCUUAUUCUCGGGCAAGCCAAGGUUGUACGCUAUUUUCCAAAUUUUCAGAGAGCACUGAAUGUUGCCAAAGCAGUAAUAAAGGACAAUAAGUAUGUCCGUGACAAGAACGAUAACAUCAUUAAUCUCAAUGAAAAUGGAAAACUGCAUGAAAUAAUGAAUGCAGAAUCCUGCUCUGAUCUUUACAAAGCUGUGGGCCAAGACUUCUGGUUGGCUACUUGGUGCAACAGCAUGGCAUUCGAGGGAAAACGUCUUGAAGGAACAAGGAUAUGCCUAGUAAAAGCGGACCAAAUUGGACAUGACUUUGCCAUUAGAACACCUUGUACACCUUCUAGGUGGGAGGACUUCGAAGUGGAAAUGACUUCAGCAUGGGAGGCACUCUGUGAAGCUUAUUGUGGUGAAAACUAUGGGUCGACAGACUUUGAUGUGCUUGAGAAUGUGAGACACGCAAUUUUAAGGAUGACCUAUUACUGGUACAACUUCAUGCCGCUAUCACGGGGCACAGCUGUAGUUGGUUUUGUUGUGUUGCUUGGUCUGUUACUUGCCGCUAAUAUGGAAUUUACUGGGAGCAUACCAGAGGGUGUGCAGGUGGAUUGGGAAGCAGUCCUAGAACCUGACCCUAAUUCCUUUAUCUCUUCUAUAAAGAGUUGGCUAUAUCCUUCUCUCAAGAUUAAUACAUCCUGGAAAGGGUACCCUGAUGUCGCGUCAACGCUUGAGACAACAGGACUAGUUGUUGCUGCAUUGAGCACCUACUCGGACUGAGCAACUCAUAUAGGUAAUCAAUGUUGCUCUAGUGAUGGAGAUAGUGGUUUCUGAACUAUACAGUGCACGUAUUUAAUCUGCUUGUUUCCUCAGGCAUUUAAAGAUCUUAUGUAAUAUAGAGGUCUGAAUAAAACAGCUUCGGUGGUACGAAAUGGUUCAUCAGGCACUCUUACAGUGAAUAACAAUAUUAAUUUAGGCAGGUUUCAAACUGGAAAUGGUCCGUGUUGUUAGCCAUGUACUUGUACAAUGUACCUUUUCCUUCAGUAAGCUUUGUAUAUGAUGAUGUUUCAGCCA